AUGACAUUACAACAUAACAUCCUUCCACAGCGUCACUAUUCGAACCAAGCGCAUCAGAAACAAAAAGAUCGACGACGAUAUCCGAAUCGAACCCAUGGUGGAGAGGUCGCAGAUCUCGCCCACAACGGAGGCCUCUCGCUGCAGAGCGAGCAAGCAGGAUUGAAAGAGACAAGGCACACGCGAAGGAACAACGAGGAGGAGAAAGGAGAAAGUAGAGAGAAUGGAAAAGUGGUGGGAGAAAGAGGGCGAGAGAGAGAGAGAGAGAGAAUCCGCUGGCAGUGGGCGGCUUUCCUCAGGAGGAACUCACGGCCGAAACGGACACUCGGAGGGUCCUAUGUUUGGUUGAGGCUGGUUAACUGUCCGGUUGGAUGGUACUUUUGGUUCGCCGCUUCUCUUCUCUCUUCGUUUACUGACACGCCGGCUGACCAUGACCUCGCCGAACGAUCCGCGAAGCAACACCAAGACAACUCCCUGCCGCCCGCUCUCUCGACGUCGUUGUCCUUGUUGCCUCCCUCCUAUACGGUAACACUUGCUUGCAUACAACCCGCUAACGAAGCAGCCGAUGCACAUUUACCGAAGAAGGAGGGACACGCGGUUCCAGUUCUAUCGCCGAUCCACCUGACUUCGCUGGGUGCUAGAGCAGCCGCGGUAUCGGAAUUUCGACGAAAACGAACAACGUACCGAGGCGGAAUAGCGGUCAUUGCCAUCCGAUCACUGGCAUCGGUGCUUGCAUCGAAGAUGGAAGUUGCAAGUUCGCGUGGAUGGAGGAGCAACGCUUGCGUGUCGAUUUCGUUGGACUCGACUCGAUGCAUCGUGCUCAUUCUUCGCCGGAAUAUUUGC